AAAUUGCUACACAAACAAAUAAAUUCACCGUAAAUAGAUGGAAAUAUUUAAAAAUGGUAAUCAAUCGAAGUGAAUGUGUUUGCCCGUAAACAAUGAUGUAUCACUUUGUCCGUGUAUUGACAAGUUCAUUGUUACAACACAUGCAAUGUUGAGAUACACAGGUGUGGUGAUAUUUCUACUUUCCGUUACAAUCAAUAUCUACUCGGAGGCAAUCCUACAGGUAUGUUGGGGAUAUUCGGCGGAAUACACAAUCUCGGUUUAUAUACAACUCGCCCGUGCGCCGACUCUCCUCUCUCUCAGCUUGUUUUCAUUUUUUCUCUGCUGAGGAAUAAAAGAAUUCGAAUUAUUUAGUUCACAUAGAUCUAUAUGGACAGUGAAUUUAAAGGAGUGUUGUGUUUCUCGACACCAAUCAAGUUAUGUCAGGUUCCUUGUCAGUUGUGUACCGUAAAACAUGUUCACUCAAGUAUGACGACGGUCCACACAUUCCUCUGAUUAUUGUGCUGAACGCUGUAAGCCCGCGCCCGACUGAAUCGCGAUCAUAUACGAUUUCGUACCUGUGGGCUCAGGUGAGGUGUGGACUGGCAAAGUACGGUAUACUCACCUGAAGGGCCAGAGACAAGUGACACCCUAUUGACAAUACGGGGCAGCGAGUGUCUCUCUCACCUGUCUUUGACGGAUAUUACAAGGAAGUGCCGACCUGCUGUUUUCUUGUGUAACUAUCACUGGGAAGUGUGUACUUGAAAAGUUUUAAAGAAAUGUGUGUUUAAACUGAAUGACACCGAUCAUUUUGGAUGUUUUAUUGUGUAAAGACAUCAUUGUAUCGUAAUUAGCGAUAUAAAGUACUUUUACAUACCUGUACAAACACGGAUAUUAUCAUCUGUUCUCGCCUCAUAUGUGAUAUGUGGCCUGGAUUAGUGGUUUUAUUUAUCUUCUCAAGAAGGCCGUCGACGAGGAAAGAAAUAUUGUAUGCUAUAUCUAUAUAGUGUACUGUCGAUAUAUAAUAUUUACUCUUUGGCUUUACGUGAAAAUUAUUUGACCGAGUUCGCGCAGGGACUGGUGUUUUAAAACUUUGGUGUUGACGCGACCCCCGGGACUUAGCGGGAUGAGCGAAGGUGCAAUGAGGCUGCUGGGCGCUGUGAUAAUGAUGGCAGGUGUGGUGGGGGUUUCAGCCCAGUGCCAGGGCCCCAGUACUGCCGUGGUCGUGGUAGCAAGUGUUUUUAGUACACUUGCAGUCGUUUUCUUAGUGUUGGGAAUUAUUGCAUUUCUUGUCUGGAGACGCCGAAGAGGCCUCUCCAGCCCACCUGGUACACCCUCAAAAAAGAACCAUCUACAAGAAGUGAGGGAUGUGCCCUCUCCAGAAGGGGGUGUGUCUAAUCCAGCGUUCAGUGAUAUUGACGUCAGUCUUGCUGAGGAAGGAGUAAGCUAUGUCCAGUGUAAAGAGUACAAAGGAUCGCCAGUAAAACAGAAGUUGCCGCAGACAAAUGGAGGGAAGGACAAGAAAACCUGGGCGUCCCUGCCUAUGGGGGACAUACCUGGCCUACAGAGGAAUGGGUCUGUUGGCUCACUGGAUGAUGGACUCAUGUCAAUGGACCCCGAAGUGACCAGUGUUUGGUUACAGAGCCAGGAUUUCAUUGGGUUAGGAUUUAACAUAGCGGGCAGUAUGAGGGACGGAAUCUUCGUCAGUCAAGUCCAUAACAGAGGCCCAGCCAUAGAGUCAGGGAAAUUUAAAGUUGGAGACCGGAUACGAAGUGUAACCAUCUCAUUUGAUAACAUGGUAUUUGAGGAUGCCCUGACUAUCCUCAGUUACGCCUCUCCGUAUCCUGUCAAGGUCACGCUACAGAAGGAGCAGCAACAUCAGAAGAAUCGCCGACUCAGCGAUCACAGCACACGCCUGACUCACCCACUUUAUCGCAGCCAAUCAGUGGACACUUUACUUAAGAUCAACAAACAGGCAAAAGUGACACCAAAAAGAAGUUUUAGUGAAAUGAGAUCGGAAACACGGGCAAAUAAUUCUCCUAAGAAAAAUGUACUACAUGUAAAACGAAAUAGUGCGACAGAGGAAAACAAACCAAGUCAAAUUCUCGCUACAGAGAUUCCGCAAAUCAAAGUAAUUCCCGCCAAGAAUAUCAAUUUAAACCAAGCUGUGGCCCCAUCAGAUGUGGUAGUUCAUAAAGUGGAUAAUUUUAAUGUCGAAGAUGAAACGGAAAAUGUGCAGUUAAGAAAUAAAGAUAAUAAAAAGCUUACGCCAGCUGUUAAAUUUGUUAUGCAAGAUAAGGCGUCAGAUUCUUCAUCCUUGGAGCCCGUAUUACCAGCUAAAGAUAGCACUGAUACAGAGGCUGCACGCGACUUUGUGGAGGUAUUUGAUACGUUAAAUGAAGAGGAUAAGCUAGACAUGCUUCGACUAAGUUACGAAGACCCAGACACUAGUGUUAAUGAAAGCGUAGUGAUACCGGCAAAUGAGCCAGAGGUAGAGGAAUCAGUGUCUAGCUUUGAAAUAAAAACAGAUUCUUCUGGAUUAGAUACUGAUUAUGUUAAUAUAGAGCUGAGGUCACCACCUCCCACGAAGCCAGAACGCAGGAAAAAGAAAAACUCAAAUGAGGAAGGCAGCGAGCCUGGAACACCACAGUCAGACUUCAAUGAAAUUCCUCAGGAAAUUUCGACAGAUGACAUCAUACCCACUGUCUCUAUGGUAGCAGAGUGUCAGCCAAUCAACACACAGGAAAUCUCUGAGGAUUUCAUUGUUGCCGAAAAACAUGACCGAGAUAUCAGUUUUGGUUCUAAGGACUUCGAGUUAUCUCCAGUCACGGUCAAGUCAGAGGAGGUGACCGCGAUAUCCUCCCCAAGUAAGCUUCCUCCGGAUCUUGGACCUCCUCCUCCCUAUUCCUCAGGAGGAGGGCGAAGACAGCGGUGGGGAUUGUAGUCGCACUCUCGUGGAUUACAGUCUGUCAGACAUGGAAAGUACGUUGACACGACCUCGCAGUCCAGAGAUUGUCAUUGAAGAGGACACGAUCAUGCCCCAGUUUUUAUCAAAAGAGCCACUCGAGUCGGUGAUGCCUCGUCUGUUUUCACCAGCCGAGGACACUACAGACAGCUUGCAGACGACUCAACGCCACCUACAGGAUUCGUCUAGUGACGAUUCUGAUGAACUAAGUACAUCGGAAAACAAAGAUUCUGUGGUUGAAAUGGGAAAAGACUUGGACUUCAGUCUAAACAUGACCUCUGACCCCAGCUUGUUUUCUACGCCGUUUCCGAAACGAAAUACAAAGGAAACAGAAAGUGGUAUGUCUUACGAUAUCUCCGUGCAGGAGUUAGAUGCUAUUGAGUCAGAUAAGAAGAAAAGUUUGCAUUCUUCUGGAGACCCUAAAGGGGGAAUAGCCUAUGUGAUUAGGGACGAUGUCGUGAGUGGUGUUCAGAGGACAAUAAAUUACGAUCACAAUACCGUGUCUAAAUCAAUGUCAUAUGCGGGGACAGAGCAAUCGUCAUUGGAUCAGAAACAACGCACGGGUUCUCUGAAGGACAUCAACAAAGGGUCCGAAGAGGAGGAGAGUGAUCUCGAUUGGUCAGGAAAAAGACUUGUUCGAUCAGAAUUAUUUUCGGAUAUUCCCCAGAAUGAUUCUGUUAGUGAUUGGACCGAACAAAAGCUCGACGAUGAAGGGGAGAGUACUCUAGUGUUGCAGAGUACUUAUCAUGACAACAGUGUCACAUCCUCUGAGGAAAAUUUAAAUGACAUUGAUAACCCAAGACUUAUGAGGGCAAACAUAUUCAGGGCAAGAGAAAAUCUUGCGAACUUGUCAGAUAAUUCUGAUUCAAUGAUUCUUACUUCGGAAUCCACCAGUCACAGUGAAAGUUCUACCCCUCCCCCUCCGUACACUACAGCAAACGGGGAAAACGAUGUCGCUCUCUCCCCAGAAACAACACCUACCAAAACACCAUUCAGCCUCAGUGAUGUACAAAAUGAACAGUCCAUCAGUACCGACCUAGAGAACAAUGAGGUCAUCACAAACGUCAUCUCGUCAAAGUUUGAAGUGUCCGGUAAUGGUGGCUUUAACGUCGCUCUGAGUACCUCGCCCGAGCACGACACAGACUGCUAGCUACAGUGUUCAUUGCAAAAAAAUUACUACAUUGUUACGGGUCAACAUCACCGCUGCCCAACCAUAAGUUCAAGGUCGAUUUCAUUGUUGUCUUAAGCUAAAGGUCAAGGUCAUUGUUGUCUUAAGCUAACAACUCAAGACUACAUGCAAAUAUUAACUCUUUCACUAUAGGAGUAUACUGGGAUCAAGGUCAGUUUUACUGCUGCUGCCUAGGGGUCAAGGUCAGUGCUAUUACAGCAGCGGUGAGGAGGUUUUAUGUAUGUGCUAUUGCAGAUGUUUUCGUGAUCAGAUUCAGCAAGUAUGAUGCAUAUUGUGUAGGAGUUGAUUCUCUGUAGGUGUCAAUGUCAGUGUUUGAUACUCUGUAGAGGUCAAUGUCAGUGUCUGAUACUCUGUAGAGUUCAAGGUCAGUGUUUGAUUAUCUGUUGAUGUCAAGGACAUUGUUUCCUACUCUGGAAAGGUCAAAGACAGUGUUUGAUACUCUGGAGGGGGUCAAUGUCAGUGUUUGAUGCUCUGUAGGUAUCAAGGGCUGUGUUUGAUACUCUGAUGGGUCCAAGGUUAGUGUUUGAUAUGAUGGAGAGGUCAAGGGCAGUGUUUGAUACGAUGGAGAGGUCAAAGUCAGUGUUUGACACUCUGUAGGAGACAAAGUCUCUCUUAUGUUACAGUAACCAUAUAAGGUCAAGGUCAGUGUUUGAUAAUGCAAAGGUGCCAACAUCACUGCAGGUAUUGUUACUGGCUUACCCUGAGUCAUCUUGGAAGUUCUUGAUAGAAUAAGUGUGUUCAGUGGAUCCUGUAAAUAGAUAUUCUACCUCUGUGAUGUAUUUAAUUCCUCAUAUUUCUUAAUACCAGAAUAGUAUCAUUCAAGGUGUCAUAUGUAUACUUAACAUUCCGUCAUCAGCUGUGUGGGAGGAGGAGGAGCUUUUAAUCUACUCUGGUAUUCACUGCCAUAUGUGUCCAUUAAUCACCGUAAACUUGGUGACAUGUCCUAAACUAUAAUUAAUGACAGUAGUUGUGGGCUUCAAUAGGGCUGAUCUGUGUAACUCGUACAACCAUUUAUCUAUACAUAGUAAUGUCUCCAGGUAUGGUUCAAACAAAAUCUGAAAUGUUGGUGAAAAUAACCAUCAUUUGAAUUCAUAUUGUUCAUUUCAUUUCAUUUAGAGAACUUUUUGAUAUGAUAUCCCAUCAGUUGAUGAAUGAAGAUUUACUCUGAUUCAUUGUUUCAUGAACAUUGGCUUUACACAUUAUGUCAGAUUUACAUGUAUCUUUUUUGCCAAAUCUUGUAAAAUGUCUGGGGUUUUCCUGCUGCAACACUUACUGCUGUGUGUAUGAAACAAACUUGUAUAUACAAUGUAUAUCUUCAAUUUGACAUUCAUCAGAUAUUUUUUAUUGUAUAUGCAACAUCAGGAAGAUGAGCAUUGAUGGUAGAUUACAGCAUUAGCAGUAUAUAUAUAUAUUUAUACCAUAGUAACUGUAGCAUUAUCCAUCAUUCCCGAUAAUAUCACAUGUCAGGUGAAAAUGUGAUAUAAUGCAAAAUGAUGACAUUAACAGAAAUACUGUGAAAAUGAUUUAAUUUCAAUAUAAAGUUAAACAUAUGUUUAUUUAUCAUACAAUGACUGUUGUUUACACUGAUGUCCUUUUUGUUUGUAUACCAUAUUACCUCAUGUAAUAUAUAUCCAUUGUGACAUCAAUACACAAACAAUGAACAUGUCCGGAAGCUUUCUUUUUGAGCUCAGCCUCGCUUAAAUAAUUAAUAACUUGUAAGACUUGUUUCAUCAAUAUAGUUUUAAAUAGAAACCUGUCACAUGUGUAACUUCAGGUUUUUUUAAAAAAAUUUUUUUCUAAAUGGUCUAUUGAAAUAUAACAUGAACCAUAAAACAACCAGUGUGUCAGUAUAUGUAGAUAUCAGAGUUGCCAGUCCAAGUUAAGAAACACUGAACAAAUGCAUACAAACUCAUGUUUCUUAAAAAAGAAAAGUAAUUUAGUACAAUGUCUAUUUGGCAAUAAGCCUUUAAUGUUUGACAAUAAGGCUAUGUUUUGUAAUAAGUCUUUGGAUGGCAGUAAUCCUACUGUAUGUUUGGUAAUUAGCCUAUAAUUGGCAAUAAGCCUAUACUUGGCAAUAAGCGUAUAUGUUUGACAACAAGUCUAUGUUUGGCAAUAAGCAUAUGUAUGACAAUAAGCAUAUGCUUGGUAAUAAGCCUACACUUGGUAAUAAGCAUAUGUUUGGUAAUAAGCCUAUACUUGGCAAUAAGCAUAUGUUUGGUAAUAAGUCUAUACUUGGCAAUAAGCAUGUGUUUUGUAAUAAGCCUAUACUUGGCAAUAAGCUUGUGUUUGGUAAUAAGCCUAUGCUUGGCAAUAAGCCUGUGUUUGGCAAUAAGCCUGUGAUUGGUAAUACGUCUGUGUUUGGUAAUAAGCCUAUGCUUGGCAAUAAGCCUGUGCUUGGCAAUAAGCCUAUGUUUGGUAAUAAGCCCAAUACAUGUCUAUUGCAGUUCAAUCAAAGUGCUAACAAAGACUAUUUCUUUGUUCUUCAAUAAGGCCUCCCCCUACUUUGUUCAAUAAAAAAUUCCUCAAAAAUAAAUUAAAAUAAUAAUUUAAUAGCAUACUUAUCUGCCAAUAAGCCUAUGCUUGGUAAUAAGCAACUAAUGUCUAAUUUGCAGUUUAUUUAUAUUUUCUUGUCCAGCCCUUCAUCUGCACUGCCUAUUUUCAGUCAAAGUUUGUAUUUUCAAUACCCCAUCCUUUACCCACCCCUACCACUGCAACCCCUCAGGUUUAUUACAGGAUAAAUACAAUAUGUUAAAACGUAUGAUAAUUUAUUACCUAUUGAGUCAGACAUUGAACUAUUAUGGUAAAUAGUUUGUCAAAGGUUUUGUCUGUUUUCCAAAGUUUUGCUACCUCAUUUUAUUUCAUAUGAAUCUGCAAGAUUGUCCUCGGAAUUGAAAAUAUUAAGAAAUCAAGAGGUCAAGUGAAACCAUAUACAAACCUUAAUCAGAUUUUCUUUCUAACAUUCCAAAGUUAUUUGACAGGAGUUUGUUGUAUCGGUAUUUAUUUAUAAUUCAUAACACUGUGAAAUUUAGUAAUGCUCUGAAAAGCAUUCUUGGAGAACUUGAAAUGUUGUCAGCUAGACAUCCAAAGUUAAUGCAGACUGUGUGUGCUUUUAAAAAGAAAUGUUUUAAUAAGUGUACUCAAGGUCUGUAGUAGUAUGAAAGGUUAAGAAAAAUUAUAUUAAGUCAUUAUUAAUCAAAAAUAGAAUGUUCACUGUUUUUCAAAAAAAAAAAAAAAAAAUCUUUGUGGCAGUAAAUAUCUAAAAAUAUACAUUUUGACUCAGGUUAAAACUGUUUUAGAAAAAAAAAUGUCUUGGAUACAAUAUUAUGAAAUUUUAGUAUGAAACAGACAGUAAAAUUGAUAGUUUAACUGAAGGCCUAAUUGUUAUGAUAGAAAACAAGACAAACUUUGUUUAAUUUAGUUAUACAAAGUAAUGAGUAAUUAAUUUAACGGGAUAUUAAAGGUACCGCAGCAGAUGGCUUGAUUAUUACACUGAAAACAGACAUUGAAAUUCAGUUGAUCAGAAUUGUCUCCUGGUGAAAAUGUUUAAGAAAUAUUCUGUGUCAAAUGCAAUGAUAGCUUUCUGAAUUAAAGAAUUGUAACGAUUAAAAUUUAGAAUAUUGUAAAUAUGUAAAAUAAAUUAUUUUUUAUUGAGAACAGGUUCCAUGCGAUGUACAUACGUAAUAUCAUUUUUUAUUAACAUUGUAUCUAUUUGUGUAGAAAUGAAUAUAUUCAAAAUAUAUAUGUACAUGUAAUUAUAAUACUUAUAUACAAAAUUACUUGUAUAUAGCUUUUAUCAUAUAUGUUGACUUCAUUUAUAUAUGUACAUGUAUAUAUGUAUUUAUGUAUGUCUAUGCAUUUUGUAAAAAAAAAAAAAAAUCCAUAAUAUUGGACAAAUAUGUAUUUAAGUGCAAUAUAAAAGACACAUUUUAAUUGUUUACAUUUAGGGCACAAAACACAAUGGGACAUACAACUAUAAUAUCAAAACAUCAUGGUCAGUAGCUUCAUCAUGGUUAGAAGCCUCAAUUCCUUUAAAAUGAUAUAAUGUCUUUCAGGCUGGACAUCAGAAUUCUGAGCGGUUCCUAUGUAUCUACUCUGUGAGUUUGCAGAGUAUGCUGUGGUACUCGAUCAGAGAUCUUCAGAGAAAAAUGGGAUGCAAAAAUCAGAAUCGAAGGGCCAGAAUGUAGGCCUCUGCACUAAAACAUUAUUUCAUUUGUUUGAUUAGUUUCUUUGAAACAAAUUCUAAUUUGUCAAAUUGGUUGUGAAUUUAAAUUUAAGUAGCAGUUAUUCAUUUGUGGGUAUUUUCAAAAAAAUCAUUUAAUUGUCAGUGUAAUUUGGUAGUUGUAGUAUUGAUGAAAACAGUUAUCCUAUUCAUAUCUUUAUUAUCAGAAAUCAAAUACUUUUGAAUUCUGUUAAAUUUCUACAACUGAAACAAGGACAUAAAACAAAGCAAGUUUAUAUUGAACAUAUUUCCAGUAAGGUAUAUCAGAUAUUUUGGAUGAAAUUUGAUAUAAUGGAAAGAUUUUUUAAGAUAAAAAUUUAUGUUGCACAAUUUUGCAAUUUCUUGCCAUCUGAAUAUGCAACAUUUAAAAUGACAAUCAUAAUUUCCAAUUUGAAAGAAAAUUCAUGAUGAUUUAAAAAAAAGAGUACAUGUAUAUUAUGACAGAAUGGAAACUGAUACUUUGUCCUCACAGAUCUUACAGAGUUACUUCCCUUAGUAAAUUUCUUUUAAUCCUUUCUAAAAAGCAAUUUUCGAAAAAAAAAA